GAAAAGAAUAGGCCAUGGCUGAGUGGAUGAUUAUUUCUCAAAGUGAACCGUGACAGAAUGGUCGACUGUAUGAGCAAAGUCAUGCUGCACACGGUCGUCUCAUGCUGGCAACCAUUCCUGGGACUGGCCCUUGUGGCUGUCUUUGUUGGUUCUACCCUGGGAUGUCCCUCGCGCUGCGAGUGCUCAGCGCAGAGCAAGGCAGUUGUCUGUCACCGCAAGCGAAUGCCCGGCAUCCCGGACGGCAUCCCAACAGAGACCAGGAUCCUGGACCUGAGUAAGAACAAGCUGACAAUGAUCAACCCUGAUGACUUUGUUGCCUUUCCUGGGCUUGAGGAACUUGACCUCAGUGGAAAUAUUAUCAGUUAUGUGGAGCCCGGAGCUUUCAACGCCCUGUUUAACAUGCACUCGCUCAGUCUCAAGAGCAAUCGUAUCAAGCUAAUUCCUCUUGGCGUCUUUGCAGGUUUAACAAAUCUUACCCGACUGGAUAUAAGUGACAAUAAGAUUGUCAUUCUCCUGGAUUAUAUGUUUCAGGACUUGCACAAUCUAAAGUUUUUGGAAGUGGGUGACAACGAUCUUGUUUACAUUUCUCACCGUGCAUUCAGUGGACUUUUGAGCCUGGAGAUACUAACCCUAGAAAGAUGUAACCUUACAAUUGUGCCCGCUGAGGCCCUUUCCCACCUGCAUAACCUUGUCAGCCUCCAUCUACGAUACCUCAGCAUCAACACUUUGCAUCCUUACUCAUUCAAAAAGCUGUUCCGGCUGCGGCUAUUAGAAAUUGAUAAUUGGCCUUUGCUAGACCAUGUGCCAGCCAAUACCCUGCAUGGCCUCAACCUGACGAUGCUAUUUAUAACCAAUACCAACUUGUCCUCCUUCCCUUAUCAAGCCCUGAAGCAUCUGACCUACCUGACACAUCUCAACCUGUCCUACAACCGCAUCAGGCACAUUGAAGGGGGGAUGCUAAUGGAGCUGGUUAGGCUGCAAGAGCUCCAUCUGGUUGGUGCUCAGUUAACCACCAUUGAACCGUAUGCUUUCCAGGGCCUGCGGGGGCUUAAAGUCCUCAAUGUCUCUCACAACCGACUGGAUACACUGGAGAAGGGUGUUUUCCAGUCCCCUGAAAAUCUGGAGGUUCUUCUGAUUGACAACAACCCCUUAGUGUGCGACUGUCGUCUCAUGUGGAUCCUACAGAAAAGGCAUUCCAUCUUCUUUGGAGAUUCGCAGCCGGAGUGCAGCACACCUGAGGGUAUCCGAGGCAGGCCUUUUAAGGAGUUUAAGGAGACUCUUCUGUCUUAUUACGUGACCUGCACCAAACCAAAAAUUCGUGAGAACAAAACACAAACAAUCACUGUGGAUGAAGGCCAGCAGGCAAUGUUGCGCUGCAGUGCUGAGGGGACACCAAGACCCAUUGUGUCCUGGUUGUCCCCACGCCGACGAGUUCUGACAAGUAGGAGCCAUGGUAGAGUGACCGUCCACAACAAUGGUACACUGGAGAUCAAGUCAGCAGAGGUACAAGACAGCGGAGUGUACCUGUGCCUUGCAUCAAACACUGCUGGGAAUGACACCCUGAUGACUUCAUUGGCUGUGAAAAGUCUGGGAUCGCUGUAUGCUAACAGGACCCAGUACUACACAGAUCCCAGCAAUACCACUGCCAAUGGGACGGCCGGUGUGACCCUCGGUUUGGACCUAAAGACUAUUCUAGUGUCAACUGCUAUGGGUUGUUUUACGUUCCUGGGAGUGGUCUUGUUUUGUUUCCUUCUCCUUUUUGUUUGGAGCAGAGGGAAAGGAAAACAUAAAAACAACAUAGAUGUUGAAUAUGUGCCUCGGUCAAAGUCUAAUGGCACUAACAUUGACUCGGCAGAGGGACAAGCUGGUCCUCGUCGUUUUAACAUGAAAAUGAUGUGACUUCUUUUAUAGAUCCAAGAUUCUGGAUUGUGGAAAUGCCCAAAGUACAAUGUAUUUUUUUGCAAACAGGACUACUGAACUUCCCAAUGCUGCCAGGAGAGUGGUAGCGAAAAGGUUUUGGUGCAUCAUAACAAAAUGAGCAGUAUCUUAAAUCAUUGGAUCUUGACAAAAUGCUUGGAUACUGUGUUUCAAAUACCGAAAAGCUUAGAAGGACAUCCUCUUACAUAAUUGCCAACGGGCAACUUCUUCGACAUGGAUGAGGAAUGAAAACUGUUGCCGCCAAGGGGACGGGAAGGGAACAGGUGUCAUUUAUCAGCUUUUUGAAAUUUAUAUGCCCAAAAAGCGGGUUUUGGGUUGGAUCUACAGACUCUGCUGAACCAUGUACAGUACAAAUUUGUAUCUAAGCUAUUAACCUACUUUGUUUAGUCUUGCGCCAUGCUUAUUCACUGAACAAAUCAAUGAAACAGACCAUAAUUUCCUAUGUUCAGUAUUUUGCAUAUGUGUACCUAAUUAUUCAUUAUGUACAUGUAUGUACAUAUUCAUUCAAAAGAAAUAUUCAUAGCAAUAUGCAUUAGCCAAAAUUGAUAUAACUCCACUUGUUCAGCAAGAACACUCUUCGGACUUUUAAAGUUUCCAUGGAUUCAGGAAGGGCUUCUAUGGGUGAUUAUCUGUGUCUGCUCCCUAAUUGACUCCUAAAAAAUAUUUAUUAAAAAUCUUGAACAUUUUACAAAAAUAAGUCCUCAAACACUGUUCAGGAUCCAACAUAAUACUUGGAUCAUCAUAAAUAUGACCCGGUAUUGGUAAAAAGUACCUACAUGAACCACCUUUUGUUCCUAUUUUUGUCUUUUUAUUCCUUUAACUGUACCUUUGCAGGUUGGCAAACUACAUGUGUCAAGUUUACUACAGUGACAUUUGCAUCAUU